AUGACAUAGAUUGAAGGAAUCAAGAAUUGGUAUAAUAAUUUUGAAUCUACAGAUAAUUCAAAUGUUUAAAAUGCAUUCAUUAGUGUAGAUGCUUCAAAUAAUUAUGAGAGAGUAUUUUAUGAUGUUGAUAAAAUAUUUUAAAACUUUCUUUAAAUUCAAAUUAACAAAAUAUAAUAGAAAUAUGAUAAGUAGUAGAAUGAUAUAUUGGAAUAGGAGGAGUUGAUCAAGCAAUAAUAAGAGUAAGCUGAAUUAGACAAAAAGUGCUAAUCCAAGUAGGUUUAAUUAGAUUCAUUACCUUUAAAGCAACCAAGCCAACAGUUUCUUUAAUAUCUACAUUCAUUUUGGAAUCAAAUAGAAAAUAAAUACAUUACCCUCCAAAACAUUUUCAAAGGUUUAAGAGAACAAAGAGAAUUCAUCACAAAUUAUUUAAUGGAUAUUUAGAGAAAGUUCAUAGAUCUAAUUAAUACUCCAGAUGAGAAGUUCUAUCAUGUGAGAAAUUUCUAGGAAUAAUACAAUUAAUUUGUGUAAGAAAAUCCAGAUUUAUGUGAAGAAGAUGUAUGCAAAGAAGAAUUGCACUAAAGAGUAGAUGAUUUAUAUGAUCAAUUAAUUGAUAUAAUCGAUUAGAAAAGAGAUGAUUUGCUAGUAGAAAAAUAGUAAAUACAAUCCUCUUAAUUCAUUGAAAAUGAAAUUGAUCUCUUUUUUAUUAUAAAAUUAGAUCGAGCCUAAAAUUCAGUCCAAUUGCUAAAUGAUACUACUAUGGAACAUUAGAGGCUAUAGAAUUAUAAGACAUUUAACCUAGUGUUGGAGAAUUGCAAUUGCAAGAUGGAGACGAUCCUAAUGUAAGAUUAGAUAAACUCAUUGCUGAUUCUUUAAGAAUAUUUGCAGGAGAAGAAGAAAUUGUAGAGGACAAAACCAAAAAAGGAGGUAAACAACCAGCAAAAAAGGAUGAAAAAAAAGGGAAGAAAGGAAAGGAAGAGGAAGUUGUCAAAAAAGAAAUUCAAAACCCUGAUGCUGUCAAUGCUAUCAGUUUAGAAAAAUAAAUUUUUAAGGAUAGAGUGGAUGCUAUAAAAAGAUAUGCAUAAUAAUAAAUUAGAACAUUUAGAUAGGGGGGCUGAUCAAUUAUACCUGAAAAUAGAUGAAUGGAUCUAUUACACUCAUUAAACAGAAAUUAAAGCCUUAGAUGCAAUCUCUGGCUUAUUUAGAGGGUAUAUCGAAAGAGUGGAGAGAAUCUAGAAGGAACUUUAAUUAUAGUUUGUGGAUGUUAUUAUUAGUCAUGAGGUCUUAAACUUCUUAACGCCAAUUCCUCCUCCAUUAACUGCAAGGGAACCAUUAUCCAAAGAAAGAUAUUCUAUUUCUCAGCUCUAUUAUUUGAUAGAAGACUUGAGAGCCAUCACUAGCACACAUUUGCUAAUCGACAUUAAAUAAUUGGCUUUGCUUUUAGCGAGAUCUUCUUAUGGUGUUUUGAAAUACUCACCAUCCAAAUGGAUGCAAGCACUAUUAAUUCUAGAUUAAAAUGGUUAUGUCAAUGUCAGAUAAAUUUGUACAUAUUUGAUUCUUCUUUCAUCUCCCACUCCAAAAGAAGAUGAACUAUAAUAGUAUGCAAGCAAACUAGGUCAACCUUUGGUAAAUAAGGAUACUUUUGUUAAUACUCCAGCUUGGUUUGAUGAGUAUGAGAGGAUUCCAGAAGAGGAAAAUACUAAUUACUUUGACCGUGUUAUUUACAUUAAGGAAUUGCUAUACUUUGUCCAUAAGGAUGAAAAUGAUAUGUUAGCUACCAAAUAAUAUAUUGAAAUACUUAAUGUUGAUGGAGACAGAUUUAUAGACUAUUUAUUACAAAACAUACAACAACAAUGA